AUGGGACUAACAAAGACGGGUUGUACUUCAGAACAAAAGAGCAUGAAAGCAGCAGAUGCUGUCACAGGAAUAAAUUGUAUCAACAGCGAUCAGAUGGGAAGUGAGGAGUCAGAAUGGAGGUGCUCCCUCUUUCCCGUUUCCAGCGAAAAUGUCUGGGUCCAUGAAUUUAGCCGGAAUCAGCUGCGCUUCCCCCGGCUGCCCCGCCUGCCUGCAGCCAUGGGCUGCGCUGCGUGCAUCGCCAGCGACGAUUCCCCCGAGAAAACGUCAUCUGCCCGGCUCGGCCGGCAGCGCGUGACUCAGCCGUUUCUGAGGCUCAGUCGCGAGCGGCGUGAAUCGGGCGCGGUUUUCGGCAGGAGGGAUGCUCCCCCUGACGCCACUCUCCCCUCUCUCCGAACAGGGGCCCUCGCGGAGCUGCUGCUGGUGCUGCUGGGGCUGAAGGUCCAUGGCACCGCGGGCUGCCCCACCGACUGCGUCUGCUACCCCUCGCCCAUGACCGUCAGCUGCCAGGCCCACAACUUCGUCACCAUCCCUGAGGGCAUCCCCGAGGACAGCGAGAGGAUCUUCCUGCAGAACAACCAGAUCACCCUGCUGCUGCGGGGCCACUUCAGCCCCUCCAUGGUCACCCUCUGGAUCUACUCCAACAACAUCACCUUCAUUGACCCCAACACCUUUGAGGGGUUCGUCAACCUUGAGGAGCUGGACCUGGGGGACAACCGCUACCUAAGGGCUUUGGCGGCGGACACUUUCCAAGGGCUGGUGAAACUCCACGCCUUGUAUCUGUACAAGUGCGGGCUCAGCUCCCUCCCCAGCGGGAUAUUCGGCGGCCUCCACAACCUGCAGUACCUUUACUUGCAAGACAACCACAUUGAGUUCCUUCAGGACGAUAUUUUUGUUGACUUGGUUAACCUCAGCCAUCUUUUUCUCCAUGGAAACAAGCUCUGGAGCCUCCAUCAGAACACGUUCAGGGGACUAAUAAACCUGGAUAGGCUGCUCAUCCAUCAGAAUCAGCUGCAGUGGGUUCACAGGCGGGCUUUCCACGACCUCCGGCGACUGACCACCCUGUUCCUCUUCAACAACAGCCUCUCGGAGCUGCAGGGGGACUGCCUGGCCCACCUGGGAGCCCUGGAGUUCCUCAGGCUGAACGGGAACCCCUGGAGCUGCGACUGCAAGGCCCGCUCGCUCUGGGAGUGGCUGCACCGCUUCAGGGGCUCCAGCUCCAGCGUUAUCUGCGAGUCCCCCGAGCGGAUGCAUGGCAAGGACCUAAAGGUGCUGAGGGCCGAAGACUUUAGGAACUGUUCGGGCUCGGAGUCGCUCCACCAGAUCAAAACACACACUUUCUCGGCAGCAGACAGAGGAGCCUCCAAAGCCCACCACCCCCACCACUCCUCCAAGGAGAAGGGCAGCGAGCGAGGGGCCGAGAAGGGUUUGCACAGCAGCCAGCCCGCGCCCCGGCCGGGCUCACGCCGCCCCGGCAAGAACUGCACCAGCCACAAAAGCCGCAACCGAACCCUUAAGCCGGUGUCGCUGGGGCCGCGGAAAAGCGAGCACGAGGUCCACGACUACGUGCCCGACUAUCAGCACAAAUUCAGCUUCGGCGUGAUGCCCACGGGCCCCCCGAGACGCAAGGGUAAGUGCACCCGGCGGACGCCCAUCCGCGCCCCCAGCGGGGUGCAGCAGGCGGCCGGCAGCGCAGGCCUCGAGGCCUCGCGCCUGGUUUUUGUGCUGCUGCUAGCGGCCGUCAUGCGCUGA